AUGUCAGCUCUCGCGACUCCGGACGGCCAUGAUGAGGCCAACUCGCAUUCGGAUGACACUAGUAUGACUUUGUCACCUAGUGCAGCAAUGUCGUGCCCACCGAGCGAACCUGUCGAGGAGUCCGAGACAAAUCUAGAUGAAGUCGCCGCACCGCCUCCUGUCUACGACCCGUCGGAAAGGUCGAUUCAACACCACGCAUACUUGGAAACCCAGCUGUCUGAAACAAAUCAUUCUGUUCCACCCAGUCCUGAAGGGGUAAGCAAAGAAAGCGAGGCGUCUACCCCCGACAGCACUGCAGCACAAAAACCGGCGGAAUCUCAUACAAAGCGACGGCUUGUUAAGUUCUCACGAAUAACAUGCAUUCUCAGCUAUCUCAUUAUCUCCUCCAUAUUUGGAACUCUUCUACGAAUGGUGAUUGAAUGCCUGACAUUCUAUCCCGGGACUCCGGUGAACACAAGCGUACUCUGGGCCAAUGUUGGAGGCAGCCUUAUAAUGGGCUUUUUGAGCGAGGAUCAGGAAAUCUUCUGCCAUGAAGAGGUAAAAGUUUGGGCUGUUGAGCCAGAGAGAUGGGAUAACGCACGACGAACUGCGCAUGUGAAGGCACACAAGAAGACCGUGCCUCUUUAUAUCGGAUUGACGACCGGAUUCUGUGGCAGUCUGACGUCCUUUUCCACUUUCAUUCGUGACGUGUUUUUUGCACUCGCCAACAUGCUACCUAUGCCUUUUGGCCCUUAUGCUGAUGUCUCCCUGUUUGCUUCUGCGCCGAGGGAUGCCAUGGCUCCAAAUGGAGGAUUCAGCUUUAUGUCUAUUAUUGCGGUUUUGUUUAGCGAGGUUUGUUUAUCACUUGCUGGUCUCUUCCUAGGGGCCCACCUUGCAAUUGCUGUAUCCCCAUGGACCCCUAGCCUUCCUCUAGCAUGGCUUCGAAAUGUGUUGGAUCCGAUUAUCGUCGUCCUUGCGUGGCUCUCAUGGGCGGCGAUGAUUUGUCUCGUCAUUCUACUGCCACAAAAUUCAAGGCUCAGCACUAUUUGGAGUGCGGAGCUCUGGAGAGGUCCCGUUCUCUAUGCUUUGAUAUUUGCGCCGGUUGGUUGCCUGGCUAGGUUCUUCAUUUCAUUGAAACUCAAUGGUCGGGUUCCUUGGUUCCCGAUGGGAACAUUCACGGUGAAUAUAGGAGGCACAAUGGUGCUCGGCAUGGCGUACACUCUCCAGCAUGCCUCAAUCGGUACGUCCAGUCUCGGUGGGGGAAGUUAUAUUGACUGUCAGGUUCUCCAAGGAAUCAUGGAUGGAUUUUGUGGAUCCCUUACCACGGUCAGUACAUGGAUACUAGAAUUGUCGGAUCUUCGCAGACGCCACGCAUAUUUGUAUGGUGGCGUGAGUGUUGUGGUUGCAUUUUGCGCCCUGGUUGUAGAGAUUGGAAGCUUGAAGUGGACUCAGGGCCUUGUCACUCCAUUGUGCUUUGUUGAAUGA